AUUUUACACUCAAAUAUAUAAAUACAAUUUCCUGCAGCUCAGGGAUCCCUACCAUUUUUCAAGAUGUUUCUUCACUAUUCUCACACGGAUUAAUUAGAAUUAACUGGAUGUCCUGUCUUUUCCUACUUCGUUCACACAUCUGAGUCUCUUGAAGAAUGCUAUGGAGACAUGGCUGUCACGUCUCAUUCUGUGUCCUCACGGGGACUCAGUUUCUCUUGAAAAAGGAGAGCCUUCCUGGCAACCUGGUUGGUGUCUCCCCAAAACAAGCACAUUCCUAUCAGGUGGCUUUGAGUAGCAGUUUGUGUGGGUCUUCUGUGAUGGAUUCAUACAUCAGUACCUUGAUGACAAAGAAUUUGACCGUGUAAUCAUUAUGUCAAUUUUUUACAGGUAUGUAACUUUGCCAACACCGGUGUAGCCUCAGAAAGCAUUUAAGAGAAGCUGUUUAAAACAAUAGAGAAAAGUUGAGGGAACAGCAGAGUCUUGAAAAGCUUUUUUGAAUCUUGGCAUCAAGUAAAACUCGAUGCACCUCUAGGGCUGCUACCAUUCCCUAGGGAAUGAAGCAAAGCUUGCAGGUCCAGUUCAUUCAGUAAGCUUUCUUUGGUGUGUGUAUGUGAGAAGCAUCUGAACUGUUGAUAACAAAGCUCCGGGAAGUAAUCUCUGCCAUUUAAAUGACAGGCAGCUUGUCAACUGGAAGGAGGUAUUUCUGGUAGAGUUGGAUGGUGCUGACGUGUGAUUCAGUUAAAUAUUUGAUGUAGAACUCAUUUUGCUGAGUGAUGAUGUUUUCUGAUUAAUGAUCUGUUGAUUUGGCCUGAGACGCAUUUGAAAAUGAAAUGGAUACAUUUACUUAGUUUAAAUAAACAAAACAAACCCUGUAACAUUAGCGUGAGAUUUGACGGAGAAAUAUUUUUCUGCCUACUUCCUAAUAAUUAUUGCACAUGCUUUAGGUGGAGGUGAUAUUCAAGUGGGUGCGUAUUCCCCAUGGAGUGAAGAGAACUGAAAUGCAGAAGAUUGUAUGUCAGAAAACUGACCAGUGAUGAGCUUGUGUUUUUCUUUUAGGAAGGCUCUAUUCCAGUCAGGAUACUGCUGUUUCACUACUCUGUGUCUGUGGAUGAACAGGAAGUGAAGCAAACUUAGAGAGGAACUUCUAUACCUUUUAAUGAACGUCAAAAAACAGCAUUGCCACGGCUGCCUACCCAGCAGACCUGCUUACGAGAGCCAGAGGGAUGGUGGUAGUUACGGGGCAGAACAAAGUGAGUGGAGACCCGGAUGAUGCCAUGUCGAGCUCGGAUGCAGAGGAUGAUUUCCAAGAGCCAGCCACUCCUACUGCAACCCAGGCAGGACAAGCACUACCUCUGCUGCCUCAGCAGUUUCCAGAAGUUGUUCCACUAAACGUAGGAGGCAUGUAUUUUACAACAAGACUGUCAACGCUGAGACGUUAUGAGGACACAAUGUUGGCGGCUAUGUUCAGUGGAAGACACUAUAUUCCAACAGAUGCUGAAGGCAGAUACUUCAUUGACAGAGAUGGAACCUACUUUGGAGACAUACUUAACUUUCUACGAUCUGGUGACCUGCCGCCAAGAGAGCGAGUGAGGUCAGUUUACAAGGAAGCACAGUAUUAUUCCAUAGGACCAUUGCUAGACAAUCUAGAGGAUAUCCAGCCUCUGAAAGGAGAAAAAGUUAGACAAGCUUUCCUGGGCCUGAUGCCAUAUUACAAAGAUCAUUUGGAACGGAUAAUCGAAAUAGCAAAGCUGAGAGCUAUGCAAAGAAAAGCAAGAUUUGCAAAACUGAAGGUCUGUGUCUUCAAAGAAGAGAUGCCCAUCACUCCCUACGAAUGCCCACACUUCAAUUCUUUACGCUUCGAAAGGAGCGAAAGCGAGACAAAGCUGUUUGAGCAUCACUGCGAAGUCGAUGUAUCUUUUGGCCCCUGGGAGGCUGUAGCUGAUGUCUAUGAUCUUCUGCACUGUAUCGUGACAGACCUGUCUGACAGAGGGAUAACGGUGGAUCAUCAGUGUAUCGGGGUGUGUGAUAAACACCUGAUAAACCACUAUUACUGCAAGCGUCCUAUCUAUGAAUUCAAGAUUACCUGGUGGUGAGUUAUUUUGGCCAGAACGGUGCAGGGAUAAAAGGACUUCUAGACGACAAUUGCUUUUUAAUAAUUUUUGCAACGUUGUCUCUGGAAACGCAUUGCUGCUAACGUCUGUCGGAAUCAGUCUGCUGACGUGUCGGCUAACGCUUAGCUGCUCAGCAAAAGGGAACCCGGUGCAGAGGUUGAAAAAAAAAAACCUCUGAAAUCUUGAAAAAACCAGCCUGAAACAAGACUGUUGGCUCAGGUACCUUCACGAGGCACAAAACAAAAUCACCUCAUGGAAAAUGUGGAGAGGAGCGUCUAACGUCUUUUUAAAAGGUGCCACCCACCACGUGGCUUUGUCUGCAAAGUGGAUAUUGCAGAUCUCACCCGUGUUAUUGGAAAGCCGGGGUGCUAAUAACGCUGACGUAACGUGGUUGAAUUUUACCCACUUAGAAAUGUUUUAGUCACUACUUAAACUUACCACUUUAUACAAUUGAGUAACACCCAGCACAGAGAUUCUGGAAAUGUGAUUUUGAUGUAAUAGAUCAUUUAAAGAAAAAAUAGUAUUCCCUAUAUAUUAUUAAUUGUUGUCACGAUGAAGCUAUAUUUCUUUUUUAAUUAUGAAUCUGCGUUGUGAAUUAUAAUAUUAUAUUUCAAUUCUUUCCAUUGUUAUAAAAAGGAAUAGCAGAUUUGGAAUAUAUUCCUUAAUGCUUUUAGGAAUAAUAAUAACUGUUCAUGAAGACUUGUGCCUGUUUUUAGCCUUAGAAAUUCUAAAUGUUUACAGUAUCUACAAAAAAACAGAAGCUCUAUAGAAUCAGGUCAUUUACAAAGGCUUUUGGUAAAUGAGAAAACCCUGUAUGUAUGUUCCUAUUAGCAGAAGUAAGAGGAAUAUUUAAUGUAUAUUAUUUUAUUACUAACUCUUUUUACAUUCUGUGAUACUAAACUUUGUUCUAGAGUUAGUCAGAUGAUGAUACUAGACAAGUGCUUCCUUCACCUCACCUUCUUCAGACAAUUAAGUCUCAUUUUUAACGUUCUUGUUGAUCCUUUCCUGAUACUGGUGAAGUAUCAGGAAAAAGAAUUUUCAACCUCCAUAUUCAAAUAUUUCUCCAAUUUCUCCAAUUAUAAAGCAGUAUGUCUGGCUGGUAGAUUUCUUUCCACACUGGAAGAGGCAGCCAUUGCAGAAUCAUGUUCUUUUCAGAAGGUUAUUGUUGCAUUUCUGACGUUAGUAACUGCAUCCUGAAGUUGGAUUUCUUCAUGUCCAAAACUGAAAGGUAGAUCUAAACAUCUGAAGAUGUUACUGUUUUGUGAGGUACAGAAAACUGGAGUAUUUUUCAAAAAGACCCCACUCAAUCCUAAGGAGAGAGGAAAAGUAAAUGUUUGCAUGUUGCAUUCCAUUGGAUUAGUUAAUCCAAAGAUAUUGCUUAAUUAAACUUUUGACUUUUUCACUUAAGAAGCGUGUUAAUUGCCAUGGUCAAAAUUCUCAGUUACCUGAGGUAGUUUUUAGAAUAGUUCCAGGAACUUUAUGAUCAAAAUGUCUUGCAAAAAAAGAGGCAAAUUGUUUGCAUUGUCAUACUUUUAUGUAUUUAAUUUAGAAAAUUUUAGUAAAUUGUCUCUCUGAGGUGGGGAUAUACGGCUCUAAUGAUCUCUUUUCCAAUGUUUACUGACAGAGAAUCAUUGUCAAGUGCUGAGCUUCGAGUCCAGAGCUUAAAUUUUGAAAUGGAGGGAAGGAAGAAAUGAUGUGCAUUCGGAUCUUAUUAUAAGUUAUUUUAAAUUGUUUUCUUAAAUACGGGCCUUUGUGUUACACAGAGUUGUUCUGCUUGUGUUUGACAACCCAAAAUUAAGUCAAACCGAGACCAGUAAAGUAUCCCUAAAUUGAGAGGAAGCUUGCAUGGUGUGUUCACUAUUCUGCUGGCUUCUUUUUUGUUUUUCCAGGGAAUCUUAAACUGUAAACUACAAUUUCUAAUAAAAUUACAUAAGGUCUGAAAGCUGAGGCUUACAAAGUUUUGGCCGCUUGUACACUUCAGACAUGUAAGUUGAGGAUUUUCAGCAUCAGUUUAUUUAGAGACUGCAAUGAGAAUUGCAGUUUUAGUGGGUUAUUUGGUGUUUCUUUGCCCCUUCCCAGAUACAUAUUUCCAUGGGACAUAACUCUGGUUUGAAUUUCAGCACUCCUUGCAGAAAUGGAACAGAAUCUGAUUUAAGAGUAUAACUUCUGGUUGGGCUUUUGGAAUUUUUCUGUUGUUAUUCUGGAGAAGCUAUAAUGACAAAAUUUGUGUUUCGAUCAUGUUUGCUAUUUCUUAACAUGCACACACUGAUAUUUUUAUAACUUUUUCCUGUUUAUUGCGUAAAUAAGUAAGGAAGACUACCUAACCAAAAAGAUAAAAAAUUAAAAUCUUGGUCUGUAUCAGUUGCUUUGUCUUAAUCGAAGCUUUUCAUCCUUCAAAUCCUCCAGAAGACAGCAAAUGUUAAGUGCAAUAUCAAAAAAGAAAACGUGGAUUUGAGCCAACAUGCUUUCAUCAAACUCAUACAUUCUGUGUCGUGGUUUGUGCGAGUUAACAAUAUUGCUAUUGACUCCACUUGUUCUAAGCAGUCUUUGUUUACAACGAUUUAGAUGAUAUUGCCUAAUAUGUGUUCGUUUUUUUGACAGAAACAGAAGAGUUGUGCAGGCGGAUGUCAGGAGAGUGUAAUCUAAUAACUGGUUUAUAUAACAUUAUUGACUUAUCUUUUCUUGGCGUAUAGAGUAAUUUUUGAAAUUCUGCGUUUGCAACAAAAAUGUGAGUAGCUGAUCUACUAAAUCCAUGUUUAAGCUGAUCGAUGUUUUGAUAUAUCAUGAAUGCUUUAUAAUUGUCUAAUUAAACUAAAUGCAUAGGUAAUAGUGCUUUUUUUUUUAAUUUGGGACUUUCCUUUGUAUCUGGCUAGGCCAGAGGUUUGCUGGAACGUACUUACCUGUUUCUCUGUGCUUCUACUUAGCUUUUUUGCCACUUUAUCGUCAUCUCUGUAGCUGCUUUUCCACCCCCACACUCCCAAAUACCGUGUUUGUGGGCUGACACCAUGGACACAUUGGCCGUGCAGUCAAGGGUCUCAGGUUGUCAGUGGAAUGUCACUAUGAAUAUUGUGUUUGCAAAUCAUUAAAAGGACAACACACAUCAGUCCAUUCAGCUCAUUCAAAAUGAAGGAAAGACAUUUUUUAUUUGGUGUUCUGAGACAGGAUACGUGCCAUUUUUGGUUCCAAAUUGAUAUACACAAACAUGUCUUAGAAUCAACCUUUUUUUCCCCUUUUCUCCUAAAUAAGAAAUCUCAAAUAUUUUCAAAGCACAGGUUGUAUAUACAGAUUGUGGUGAUUACUCUGGUUUUUAUGAAUACUGAGGUAAUAGUGGGACAGUUGAGGGAUAGUUACUUCAAAAGUAGAAUUGUUCACUAUUGUUUUUAGGUUGCUAUGUGUCUGAAUAAAAAUGUAACGAGAUUAAUCUUUUUAACAUCUCCUCUAUAUAUGCAUAGUCUGGUGGUUUUUAACAGGAAGCAAAGGGAGGUCUUACUGUCGGGUCUCACAUAAAAUGACUUGGCCAAUUUCACAGCAUGUUGAUUGUUUCUGCAUCAGUUCUAGACUUGUAAAAUAGGAAGGAAACCUUCUCAUCUUUAUAGAGCACUCAAAAAUGACACAAAAAGAUAUUGAUGGGCAGCAUCCACUUAAUGGCUGUUGAUUUCAAGAGUUCAAAAAAAAAGUUAACAUAACUUCUCAACUUGGUGCAGGCUUCUGAACUCGAACACCACAAUACUCUACAUACAUAGUCAUCUGAAAUGCUCAUUGCUGAGCCUUCAUCCUCUUUGGAGGAAAGUCAAGGUGCAUCUUUGAUCUGGAAAGCCUUUGAGCCGUUAGCAGAUUCUUGCUUGUACUCAUGGUGCAUGUUUUUUCUAAUACUGCUAGAUAAGUUUUUUUUUUAAAGCUGAUUUUAGCCCAAAUUUAUAGUGAGGGAUCAGUUUCUGUGUUGAUGAGGGUGUGGGUUCUUUGGUUUGUUUGGGGGAGUUCUAGGUCUUAGUUAUCCAAGUAGCAAAAACAGUGAGUUAUUGCAGCAGAAAGUUCUGCAUACCCCUUUCUUGAUGGAUUUUUUUUUUUUAAGUUUUAAGGAGGUCUGCCUGGGAGACACCUCAUGAUGUAAUAUAUGGAAAUACUGCAUUGGUUAAUACGGAUAUUUUUGAGGUUUUUGUUGUUGUUGUUGAGUUGUGUAAUACUCUUUCCUGAACCUAGUGUAGAGUUAAGGGGUGAGUUUGACAUUGGUUUCCUGAUAAACCUGGUUAUGCCUUAGGUAUCCCCCGCUCCCAUCUCGUACAAUCACUGAUCCUGGAGGUGUUCAAUACAUGGAAAAGUAAUGACUAUUAGAAUCUUCCUUGAUUCUCAAUGAGCCCAUUAAGGGAAUUGGUGCUUGUUAAUCCAGUUGCCAUCUCGGUUCUUCUGCUCUUCCUGGCUGCCUGUGGCUUCAGCAGGGAGACAGAGCACUCGGGGUUGGGUCUGGCUCCACAAGUCCUUGAAGGUGAAAGUCAAAGACUUCUGUCAUGUGAGAAAUGUACUGAUUUGCAUGAGCACACACUCUGGCCUUUCCUGAAGCGAUGGUUAAAUUUCCAACAAGCUCUGAAGGAUGUUGGUGUUUGAAACUGUUGUAAGUGAUAGCUUUGUAACACCCUAAUCUGUGUUGUGCCAGACUGUUCCAAUGUCUGAACUGUGAAAGGCGGAGAGGUUGGGGUUGGCCAGUUCUUUUGUUCAUGGUUCUCAGUUUAUCCGUGUUUUCCCAGUGAAAUCUAAACCCGAGCGAGGUUGCAGAUCACUGCCCCCAGGACUGAACACAGCCCUUUUCUAGUCUGUUCUGUGCAUUGAGCACGUGCUGGUUUUUGCAAAAAUGAAAGCGGGAGGGAAUCAGUUCUGCAGUGUAUUUCCCCAGGGACAAUCCUCACCAGCUCUGAAGGAGAACUUCGGUGAGAUCCUGACCCAUGCUCCCCCACAUCUCCAUGUGUUAGGUGAAGUGUAGGAGGUGUGAGGACUUGAGCUCUCUAGCCUGAAGAGUCACAGUGAGGUAAUGACUCUGACUGGAUUCCCCCUUGGUCCUCGUGCCUUUCUCUAGCCUUUAAGAUAUACCACUCUCUGUGCAGGAGGUGUUUUACUUCUCUCUGCUGCACCCUCAAAUUUGUUUGCAAGGCGUCUUAGUCUGCUUUAAACUAAAGGGAUUAUUUUAAUAUUACAAUAUGGUCACUGGUAGUUGUUAAAAGAAUCAGCAAAAAUCUUAUUACUGACAAAAAUAUGUGAAUAAAUGAAUCAAAAAACCUUAUUUAUAGCAUAAUCAUUUUAAUUUCACUCUUCUGUUUUAUUUUUUUUUCUAAAGACUGUUAAGAAAUGUAAACUCUUACUUCUUUUAAGGGCUUCCAUCUGUUUCAUAGUAGUAUGUAUUCAGGCUAGGCACCUGUAUUUUGGGGUUUGAGGGCCUCGUUUACUGCUCGCUGUGAGCUGAAGGAUAAGUGCAUGAUCUCUCAUCUGUUUGCUUUUUUUCCUUAAAAAUAAAGAAUUACUCAUAUAGUUAUAAGUCACAAUAUUCUAGCUUCAUUUGGCAUUUGCAGCCCUGGAAACCUUCCUUCCCAACUCUAUUCUUGCCGCUCAUUCUUGUUUAUAGGUGACCUGGGACAGGGUACGUGGUGAGGAAGGUGAUGGAAGUGCCAAUGGGGAGAGUCUCAUGUCAGAGCUGAGUGUUUGCAUUGCAGAGUGUUCUUUCCUUUUAUUUCAGCCCCUGUGCUGUGUGAGGAUCCCGUCUGUCUGGGAGCCCAGCUCAGCUCGACCGCGUUCAUGAAUUUUCUGUGUAAGUUCAUUGUAUUGAGAUUUAUCGAGCUAAAUGAGUGGGAAAAUCCAGUGGCUGUGGAUUGUGCUGGAAAUGCAGCAGUGAUGGGUGAGGUGGCUGCGGGGCUCAAACUACUUGAAUUUCAGGAUCGUUAUUUAGAGGUCUGAGGGCCUUUUUGCCACAAAUUAUGCGUUGAAUCUUUCUUUUCUGCGUGGCCAAACAGAGCAAUCAAGUUUGGGAUGCAACUGCCUGGCAGGUAAGAGAAGACUUCAAAGCAAGGAAAUGUGGAAAGAUGGUCUGUUAACUCAUCAUAAAUCUCUGGAGCCUGAUAUUACUUUCACUUCAUUUAAUAAUUAUACUCUGGACAAUUAUACACCCCACUGGCUUUAAGUUAUGAUUGGAGUUGUGUUGAUCUCUUUCGUUACAAAUGGUUGUGAAUUGUUUCCAGGUUGUUCAGUCACAACAGAGAGGACCUGGGAUAGUUCUGAGUUUGGGGCUAUGGGAACAUAAUUUCAUUUAACAGAAAACACCUCCAGUCUUUCAUUAUCUUUCUGCAAAUAAGCUAGAUUUCAGAGUGUGAUUAUGUUCUGUUCUUAUCUUCUGUAUAUAGUCCUAUAACUGGAAAUUACUUUCCAGAACAGCAGUUCUUACUCGUUUUACUUAACACAAGCUUAGUGUAAGUUUACCUACACUUCCACUGUGACUUUUAUAAAUGGAUUUUGUUUUGCUGAAUUAUAAAUUGUAUGUGUCUAUGCAUUGUAACCCGUAAUGCCUUUGAAAAUCCAGCCUGGAUGCUAACGAUCAGGGUUUGGAAAUAUCUCCAAAUGUGUUUUAUUUUAAUUAAGUUGAUGCGUGAUGUUUAAUACUGUGGGUAUCGUAGUGUAUUACUUCUUACUAUGUUUCACUUUUCAGUUCAGGUAAUAGAUAGUCUAUGUUUUUUAUUUGAAGUACAUAGAAGACAAAUGUGGAUAUAAACUUUGUGUUGUGCAAUAAAAGUAUGUUAUACUGAAA